UUUUAUCGUUCUUUUUUUUUGUUUUUUCCCUCAACCCAACCAGUUUCAUUUGUUUGCUACAAGCUUCCGAGUCGAGGAAGCUUAUUGCUUUCUCUACCAGGGAAGAAGACCCCGGGGAGCAGAGCUCUUCCACGCACACUCUCUCUCUAACUUUCAAAUCUAGAGAGAGAGCGAGCUCCAAUGGCGCGUGUUAAUUUGCAGGUUAGCUCGAAGGCGCAGCUGAAGCAGGUGGAGAAGAUGAAGAAGAAAGCAAAGUCCGGUGGUUUCGAGUCCAUGGGCCUCAGCCUUAAUGUUUUCAGAGGGGUGAAGCGGAAGGGUUACAGGGUUCCAACCCCUAUUCAGAGGAAGGCCAUGCCCCUCAUUCUUGCGGGUGCUGAUGUGGUCGGCAUGGCCAGGACUGGUUCAGGAAAGACCGCUGCUUUCUUGGUCCCCAUGCUGGAGAGAUUGAAGGAGCAUGUUCCUCAGACUGGGGUUCGUGCCCUAGUUCUAUCACCGACCAGAGACCUGGCUCUUCAGACCUUCAAGUUUACCAAGGAGCUAGGGAGAUAUAUGGAUAUUCGUGCAAGCUUAUUGGUUGGGGGGGAUAGCAUGGAAAGCCAGUUUGAAGAACUGGCCCAAAAUCCUGAUGUUAUAAUUGCAACUCCUGGUCGACUUAUGCAUCAUCUGGCAGAGAUUGAUGAUAUGUCCUUGCGCACUGUAGAAUAUGUUGUAUUUGAUGAAGCCGAUUGUCUGUUUGGGAUGGGUUUUGCAGAACAGUUGCACAAGAUACUUUCUCAGCUGAGUGAGACUCGCCAAACUUUACUCUUCAGUGCCACUUUACCGAGUGCACUUGCCGAAUUUGCAAAGGCUGGUUUACGUGAUCCCCAACUCGUACGCCUUGAUCUUGAAACUAAGAUUAGUCCUGAUCUCAAGAUCACCUUUUUCACAUCACGCCAGGAAGAAAAGUAUGCUGCUUUGCUGCAUUUAGUGAGGGAGCAAAUCAGUUCUGACCAACAAACACUAAUAUUUGUUUCAACGAAGCAUCAUGUAGAGUUUCUCAAUGGUAUUUUCAAAGCGGAUGGUAUAGAACCAUCUGUUGUUUAUGGUGAUAUGGAUCAAGAUGCUCGCAAAAUGCACCUUUCGAGGUUUAGGUCAAGAAAAACUAUGUUUUUAAUUGUUACUGAUGUUGCUGCAAGAGGCCUCGACAUUCCAUUGCUUGAUAAUGUUGUGAACUGGGACUUUCCUCCCAAACCUAAGAUAUUUGUCCAUAGAGUUGGGCGAGCUGCUCGUGCUGGUCGCACAGGUACUGCAUACUCCUUUGUUACAUCAGAAGAUAUGCCUUACCUCUUAGAUCUUCAUCUCUUUCUUUCAAAGCCUUUAAGACCUGCUCCUACAGAAGAGGAAGUCGUCAAAGACAUGAAUGGGGUUUUGUCAAAAAUAGAUCAGGCACUUCAAAACGGGGAAACAGUUUAUGGCCGUUUUCCCCAGACAACCCUAGAUCUUGUUUCUGAUAGGGUUCGAGAAAUUGUUGAUGGGUCCUCGGAACUGAUUGCAUUAAGAAAAACUUGUACAAAUGCUUUUAGCUUGUAUUCAAAGACAAAGCCUUCACCAUCUAGGGAAUCUAUUAGGAGAGCAAAAGAUUUACCUCGUGAAGGAGUGCAUCCUAUAUUUAUGAAUGAACUGGGAUGUAGUGAGCUAAAUGCACUGGCCUUUUCAGAAAGUUUGAAAGCUUUUAGACCAAAACAGACCAUAUUGGAGGCAGAAGGAGAAGCUGCCAAAGCGAAGGGACAAGAAUGGGUUGAUGUAAUGAAGAAGAAAAGGGCUGUCCAUGAAGAGAUCAUUAACACGGUACACAAGCAGCGUAUGUUUGUGCCAGAGGAUGCAAAAUUGGCAGCAGUUGUUCAGAAAAAGAGGAAAAGAAAAGGUGAUGGUCCUAAAAUGCAUAUGAAGAGCUUCAAGGAUGAGGAGUACUACAUAAGUUCCGUGCCAACAAAUCAACAUUUAGAGGGAGGAUUGUCAGUAAAGGGGAAUGAGGGAUUUGCUGCAAACAGAUUGGAUGCUGCAGUUCUUGAUCUUGUUGCGGACGAUAGUACUGGUUUGCAGAAGCAAAAGGCUGUGUUUCAUUGGGAUAAAAGGAGUAAGAAGUAUAUCAAGUUAAACAAUGGUGAGCAUGUCACAGCUUCUGGAAAGAUCAAAACAGAGGGAGGUGCAAAAGUAAAGGGUACUAAGACAGGAAUAUACAAAAAGUGGAAGGAACGCUCGCACAUAAAGAUCUCUGCUCAUGGAUCAUCUGAAACUGAUGCCCAAAAUGGCGUUUCUGAUAAAGGUAACCAAAUGCGUGGAAACAAGAGAGCUUUCAAAGGUAACAAGAUGAAGCGUUCUAUUCCGAAUGCAAACGUGCCCUCUGAGCUUAAGGACAUUGAACAAGUGAGGAAGCGAAGGCAGCAGAAGGCUGCAAGGAUUUCUCACUACAACGACGACUCUGCUGGGGGAAAACAGAACAUGAAAUCUGGUGGCAGAGGUAAGUCUGCUAGGGGAAAACAGAAUAUGAAAUCUGGUGGCAGAGGUAACUUCUCUAGGGGAAAACAGAACAUGAAAUCUGGUGGCAGAGGUAACUUCUCUGGUGGCAAAGGUAGAGGAAAGAAAAGAUGAGGUUUAAGUGCAUCUUCUUUUAUUUCUCACAUGGGGAUUCUCCUAGAGAUAUGUUUCCCCAAAAAAACACUGGUGGGUUUAGGGUCAGAGAAAGGAAUCCUUAAGGCAACCGCAGCACAUGAUUGAAAUGGUGAAAGAUUGUUCUUUUGAUUUUUUUGUUUUGUUUUUUUGAUAUGGCAACGGUGGGAGUGGAGGGUAUCCUUUCAGUUCUUCAAGUGGUAAGUCUUGCAAUUUUGUACGAGUUACAAUUUUUUUUCCUGAUUGCCUGUGGACUAACAGGCAGGUAGAUGAACUGGUUAUCUAUCAAUUUAUGUAUUCUGUGAAGUUCUUUUGAAUUAAAUAUUGUAAUUUUGAUUGAGAUUUUUACUUGAAAGAGGACAUAUGUUUUUGGUCA